AUGCUUCAGGGUCCUUUCAGUUCUAUUAUAAUUACAAUUCCUCUCUGUUUUCUUUUCGGUUCUCUUCAAUCUAAUCUUUUCAAUCUUCUGCUGGCAGUUCCAUGUGAACUCAAUAUUAUUAAACAAUUAAAAUCUUGUUUUAUUAUUCAACCAUCAUUAAUGAAUUUAAAUCAUAAAAUUCAUUUAGCCACCUUAUCAACAUAUAUACAUUCAUGGAUUAAUCCAAAUCAAUUAAUAUUAUAUGUUUAUCUUAUGAAUUCAAACCAUCAAAUCUAUGAACAUUUUUAUAUUCAUUUAAAUAAUAAAUUAAUAAAAACGAAUAUAGAAUAUUUAAAUAUCAAAUCAACCCAUCGUCAAGUGAUAUGGGAUAUUAGUUUAAUAAUUAAACAAUUACAAUAUUCUAAAUAUGAUUUAAUUGAUUCAAUAAUAAUGACAUUAAUUAAUAGAAAUGAUAUCAAUCAUAAUAUAGAUGAUAUUGAUUUGAAUUAUAUUGAUUUAUCCAAUGAAUUUCUAUGGAAAUCAAUGAUAAUCAAUAAAAAUGAUACAAUCAAUAAUAUACCAUUGAAUAAUCAAUAUGAAAUAGAACAAAAUUUGAAUGAAAAUAAUAAUGAUAAUAAUAAUAAUAAUAAUCUUAAUUUUAUAAAUGAUCAUGAUUAUGAUCUUAAUUUUACAAAUGAGAAUAAUAAUAAUAAUGAUGAUGAUAUAAAUGAACAUAAUGAUCUAAUUAAAAAAUUCAAUAAUCAAUACGAAACUAUAUUGAUUGAAAGAAAUAUAAUAAAAUCUAAUAAUAAUAAUAAUAUUGAUAAUAUAUUAAGUGAUAAUACACAAAUUAUAUUAGAAAUGAAAACAUUAAGCAUUAUACAAUUAGAAAAUCAAUAUUUAUUAAAAAAACGUUUAAUACAACGAUCAUUUUUAAUUGAAUCUACUAAAUCAUCAAUACAACAUAUAACACAAUCAUGUCCAAGUUUUUUAGAUAAAAAUAAAUAUGAAACAAAAUGUUGUUUAUUUCGUUAUACAUUAAAUAAAAUGCAAAUGGAUCAAAAUGAUAAAUUAAGAUUUAUUAUAUUUCCACAUCAUUUACCAAUAAAUAUGUGUCAUGGUAGAUGUAUUGGACUUUACAUGCCGACAGAUAAUGCUCACAGCAUUCUAAUGAAUCGUUAUUUUUCUGGACUAGGUUCUGUGGAACGAGAAGCUAUCUAUAAUUCAAUGCCAUGCUGUGCUGCCAAUGAAACAAUACCAUUUACAAUACUUUACAAAGAUCAUAAAGAUCAACUGGUCACGGAAACUUUGCCUAAGGCUGUAAAAACAAAUUGUGCAUGCAGUUGA